UUUGUUUUCACAACAAAUCUCAUUCGAAGCGAGAAACAACUGCUACGCAAAGUUUGGGAAAUUAACGUAAAUAUUUUUGGUAAAGGAAGAGUUGGCCAGAACUUAAUUCUGAAACAUGGAAGUCGAAGUAGAAUUUCUGGAAGUGAAUAUGUGUGCUAUAUGUUUAUCUGAAAAAUCGCAACUGGUUGAGGUGACUUUCGACGAGACCGAUACGCAAUGCAUUGGUCCGGUAUUGGUUCGUCAUCUCUGGUUCCGGCAGGAGGAACUAUCGUAUAGAUAUGUUUGUGAAGAUUGCUGGAAGGAGGUGAAACAUUUUCAUCAUUUUUAUAUGAUGAUUGAAAAAGUUCAUGCUGAAAUGAAACUUUCUUCAGACCGAGACAAACUCUACAGUCCCAAAACGGAGUUUAUAAGUUCGGCGUCCGAGAACAGGUACACUUCUGUUGCACCACAGGAUUCGGAAACUUGUAACGAACAAAUCACAAAUGAAAGCGAAACUGUAGACCUCGAAGAGGUUUAUAUCAAGAAUGAGUCCUCGCAUGACACAUCGGAAAAAGAAGACUCAGUGGAUAAUGAGUCUGAAGAUGAGGAUGAAUCAAUGGAAGAAACUAGUAAACCAAGCAAAUAUCAAUGUAAAGAGAAACUAAGUAAAAUAUUCCACAAACCAGUCGAAGUGAUUGUGGAAGAAGAUAAGAAAAUAUCCCAACACUGCAAGUUGGAAUGUGACGAAUGUAAGACUUCCUUUCCAAACUUUACCCAAUUCAAGCGACAUUUCCGGGAGGUGCACCAAACGAAGGGUUAUGUAGUUUGCUGCAAUCGUAAAUUCCACAAGCGGGUGCAUUUAGUCGAACACGUUACGAAACACAUAAACCCGGAUGCCUUCAAGUGCACGAUUUGCAACAAGACAUACUGCAACAGUACUGGAUUAAGUUUACACAUGACGAAGCAUGGGGCGCAAGAUGGACUGCCACAUAAGUGCGACCAAUGUGAGCGGUCAUUCGCCAAAAAGUUUCAGCUCAACACCCAUCAGCUGCAACAUGUGGCGGAAGAGGACAAGAAAUGUGUCUGUACUGUGUGUAAUAAGACUCUCGCGAAUAAGUACAGUCUUCAGCAUCACAUCAACAGAAUACACCUCAGGAAGUUCAAAUUUGUUUGUGACAUAUGUGGCAGAAUACUCAACAGUCGGCACACAUGGAAAACCCAUAGACUGACACAUAGCGAAGUUCUUCCGCUGAAGAAAAUUCAAUGCCCACAAUGCGGAUCAUGGCACAAGAAUACAGAAAGUUUGUUGAAACACGAGAGAACGCACAACGAACACAAACGAACACAACACGUGUGUCCUGAUUGUGGUAAAGUUGCACCGACCAGCAAUGCUUUGAGAAGUCAUAGAGUGUAUGUCCACCAGCUGAAACCAAGCCAUGUCUGCAGCGUUUGUGGGAAAGCAUUCAAGAAGGAUAUCGCACUGCGAGAACACAUGUCACAACACACCGGCAAACGUUUGUACAAAUGUACUUACUGCGAGAAGGAGUUCAAUUCAUCGGCCAACAUGUUUGCCCAUCGGAAGCGCACCCAUCGAGAGGAAUGGGAGAAAAAUAUUACAUUAAACUCGCAACAAAAUCAAUAUUCACUUUUUUUCAGCUACGCUAGUAUGGCUUUGUUGAAUGUACAUAUCAAGCUUAAGCAUAACGCAGCCGAGAAGUUUAUCUGUGACGUCUGCGCCAAAAGCUUCAAAGUGAAGGCCCAAUUUGAGAAACACAGAAAAGAGCAUGACGAGUCCUAUCAGGAAGCUCGACUGCAAUGUAAAAUAUGCUCAAAAUGGAUGAAGAAUGCCAGCAGCCUGCGGAAACAUGUGCUGCGUCACGACGGGGAAGGCGGAACACACGAGUGUUCGAUUUGCGGGAAACGGGCGCCCAAUGUGUUGGCAUUGCAGAGCCAUAUAAGCUUUGUUCACAAAAAAGAAAGGAUGUAUCAGUGCAGUCUAUGCUCGAAGGCUUUCAAAAGACACUUCUCAUUGAUGGAACAUAUGACAACCCAUACUGGAGAAGUGCUGUAUCAGUGUCCCUUCUGUCUGAAACCAUUCAAUUCAUCAGCAAAUAUGCAUGCACACAAGAAAAAGAUGCACCGCGUAGAGUGGGAGGAGAGCAAGCGGAAAAGUGACCUACCUUUUUGUGGAGUUGAUAAUUCCGAGAGUUGAUGAAGGAAUUAACUUUCCCAAGCUGAAUGGUAUCUGUUAUUGGUUCGGAAGUAUCAAUUCAAAUUGACUUCAUGUAAGGUACAACAAGUACGCGGCCAGCAAUGCAGU